CCACUCCUCAAAUAGAGGUGUGUCAGGAAGCAUAAACACACAUGUGUGCAAAUUCACAUACAAACACAUUAACUGAGGAAGUGACAGCAGCACAGACACUGAGCAGAUCAGGAUGCCAGGGAAGAAAGUGUGUAUUGUCGGAUCUGGAAACUGGGGUUCAGCCAUUUCACGCAUCAUUGGGCAGAAUGUAAAGGCGUCCAAUCGGUUCGAUCCAGUUGUUAACAUGUGGGUGUUUGAGGAGCUCAUUAAUGGAAGGAAACUGACUGAUAUCAUCAACACAGAACAUGAGAACGCCAAAUACCUCCCAGGCCACAAACUGCCCAAGAAUGUGAUUGCUGUUCCUGACAUUACGGAGGCUGUAGCUGGAGCUGAUAUUCUCGUGUUUGUUGUUCCACAUCAGUUUAUUGGAAAGCUUUGUGACCAAAUGAAGCCUCACCUUAAGCCAGGAGCCAUUGGCAUCUCGCUUAUUAAGGGAAUAGAUGAAGGUCCAUCAGGUUUGAGGUUGAUAUCUGACAUUAUCAGAGGGAAGCUGGAGCUCGAUGUGAGUGUAUUAAUGGGAGCAAACAUCGCUAAUGAAGUCGCUGAGGAGAAAUUCUGCGAGACCACCAUUGGAGCUGUUAAUGUGUAUAAUGGUCAGGUGUUUAAGGAGCUGAUGCAGACUCCAAACUUCCGCAUCACUGUGGUAUCAGAAAGCAACACUGUGGAGCUGUGUGGAGCACUGAAGAAUAUUGUGGCAGUGGGAGCAGGAUUCUGUGAUGGUCUGGGUUUUGGUGAUAACACUAAAGCAGCUGUGAUUCGCCUGGGUCUGAUGGAGAUGGUGUCCUUCGCUAAGAUCUUCUGCAGCACUUCUGUCAGUUCCUCUACAUUCCUGGAGAGCUGCGGUGUCGCUGACCUCAUCACCACCUGCUAUGGAGGUCGCAAUCGGCGUGUUGCUGAAGCUUUUGUCACCUCGGGCAAGUCUAUAGCUGAGCUGGAAGCCGAGAUGCUGAAUGGUCAGAAGCUUCAGGGACCUCAAACAUCAGCUGAAGUUUAUAAGAUACUUCAGAAGAGGAACAUGGUCGACAAGUUCCCACUGUUUGUCUCUGUGUAUCAAAUUUGUUUUGAGGGAAGACGUGUGCAAGAUUUCAUCGUCUGUCUCCAGAACCAUCCGGAGCAUAUGUGACCUUUUACAGUGAUCAUGAACACAUGACAUCAUCAUCAUCAGGGUCCAUAACACAACAUGUGACCUUCUAACAUCUACACAUUCUGCUGUGCACAAGAUAUUCUAAAGCCAUAAAGAGCUCAGAACCAGAUCACUUUCAGAACCAGAUCACUUUCAGAACACAGAUCAAUUCUAGGAACAGAUUUGUUCACAUAUAAAAAGAGACAUAAGGUCCUGCAGAUGUUCUAGUAACAUACAAUAAAGUACUGAUGUAAAUCAUGAACACAUAUUCAGGUCAUCACAUGUUUUUUACUGGAGAUCUGACAAACACACGACAUUACAAAUCCACUACAGACAAAAGCACACUAAAGUCCAAUGCGCACACACACACACACACACACACACACACACACACACACACACACACACACACACACGAGUGUUUAUAAAACACCUAUGAUUAACAAUGGUAGCUUGUAAUGCUGCUCAGUUCCUCAUUAAAUUCAGCUUGAUUGCACUUUUACACUCAUGAUGACGGUGGAUUCUGACUCAAGUCCUUCUGAUUAAACUUCGGUCUCUUUAAAUACUUUA